AUGUCUGAUUCAUCAGAAGAUGAAGAUCUUUCACGGUUUAGAGAAGUAGUAGAUGCAUCUUUUAUGCAACUAAUAAAGUAUGGAAAGGGCCAAACUAGCAACGAAGUCACAAAUGCUGAAAAGCCCAAGUCUCAGAGGUUUUUAGAAGAAGCUUCACAUUACACUGAUGUACAAUUGCCAGAAGUAAUGCAGAAACGUAUCUGGGCUAAAGUUUCUGCUAUUAUACAAAAAAAUACUGAGUUUGUAGAUGGAGACAAUAAAAUUAAAAAACGAAAAAUUAAAGACAGAAUUAAACUAUUUAAAAAUUCUGAAUUCUUCCUAUCUCCCGAAGAAGCAGAGGACACAUACACACAAAAUCAUAACGCAGAGUCAAAAAAGAUAAAUAAAUUGAAGAGAAGGCAAGUUGAUGCUGAUGAUAACAACAUUGAUGAAAAUGAUAAAGUGAAAGCUGUUGCGAUAAGCGGCGACUACAUUUUAUCCAAAGAGGACACAAAGUGUUGGAAGUCAAGAAGAAAAGAGAAGCUUUUGAAAUAUAAAGGAAAUAAAAAAAGUAAAGUUUUGACGUUAGUGGAUUAA